ACUUUCAUCAUUGGUCUUUAUUCUUUAGCAAUUUAAGAUCUUUAGUAUUUGUCUGUUUUCAUUAUAACACCAUUAAUUGUUGAAUGGAAUUCCCUACGAGCUGUUAAUAGUACAUAUCGUUUCAAGUUCCAAAGCCAUGGGAUUUGUUGAAAAACAGGAGAGUGAUGAUCAAAAAGACCAAAAUAUCGAAAACACAGGAGCUGAUGUAGAGGUUGAAGAUUCUGCUUGGGUGGCGAAGAUUGAUAGGAACAUGAGCCAGAGCUCUGUAAACGUAAUAGAAGACGAAGAAGAUGAAGAUGUUCAAGGGAAGAUAGAAAUCGGCCCUCGACGCACCCUUAAAGAACAGUAUGAAGCUGACAAGGACGAUGAAAGCUUGAUGAGAUGGAAAGAACAACUUCUUGGAGCUGUUGAUAUUAACGCUGUUGCAGAAACUCUAGAUCCAGAAGUCAAGAUUUUGAGCCUUGCUAUUGUAUCUCCUGGUAGACAGGAUUUGGUUCUUCCAAUUCCUGAUAAUGGAAAAAUCAAAGGAACAUGGUUUACGCUUAAAGAAGGAAGUCGUUACACUAUCAAAUUCACUUUCGAAGUUCAUAACAACAUUGUGUCGGGUCUCAAGUACACCAACACUGUUUGGAAAACUGGUCUCAGAGUUGACAAGACGAAAGAAAUGAUUGGCACUUUUAGUCCUCAACAAGAGCUUUAUACCCAUGAAAUUCCUGAAGAUACCACCCCUUCUGGCAUACUUGCUAGAGGAUCAUAUUCUGCCAAAACUAAGUUCCUUGAUGACGAUAAUAAGUGUUACUUGGAUUUGAACUAUACAUUCGACAUCAGAAAAGACUGGCAAUUGUCUUGAAGUCUUUAGAUCGAGAUAAUGUUAACUUGAUGCCUGUUUUAGAUCUUAAAUCACAAAUGAGUAAAUCAAAGUUUUUCAUUGCUGAAUUUAUUGACCAUCACGAAAAUGCAAUAACUAAGGUUGGGCAUUUUUAUCUAGAUGAUAAAUGCAAUGUAAAAUUGUUUCACAUAUAUGCCAAUUUCAUGUGUUUAGUUGAACCAAAUUAAUUGUUAAAAAAAAAAAAAAUCCGAGUUUUAUUUGGGAUCA